AUGGAAAAUACAACGUGUUGGAAGCUAUUCUGCGCCGUCUUGGGAAUCUUAGAAGCUGCUGUCUACUCUGCAACGUUAUUCGGAUGGCCAGCGUAUGUGUACAUAUUCAUAGAGGAACACUUUUACUAUUCCCUAUGUCGUUUUGACUCUAGAGGGAAUGCUAGCAGUGACAUUGUAGAACUUGCCUGUACUGGUUUUGGUAAUUGCACUCACGAAAAUGCCGAAGAUGGCCGCGUUCAAAAUUGCACUGAGCAGGAAGGGAUGUUAAACUUAGUCUACACGGUGGCAUUUGUCGGUUUAGCGGCUCUCUCAAUGCUGGGGUAUAUUUUUGAUCACUGUGGGACAGUGUUCGUGAGAACCAUAUCCAUAUGUCUAUGUGCUGGUGGGUUCUUUUUGAUGGCGUUAGCAGAUUUAGGAACAGAGUGGCUGCUAUUCCCUGGGGCGGUAUUUCACCUACUGGGAGGGGUGCAGUUGGCUGUAACUGACGUCCAAGUGGCCACGCUAUUUCCUAAGCUAAAGGCAACACUCACCUGUUUGGUUUCCGGUGCUAUGGGCAUAAGUGGUUUUGUACCUAUCUUGUUGAAGUUGGCGUACCAGGCUGGAGUGUCGUACAAGACGUGCAUGUUCACUUUUACCGGUAUCAUACUCCUUAUGUCUACUGCCAACACAAUCAUCCUUCCACCUAGACAGGAUGACGACGGGAACAACAUUGACAUAGCCUGUUGUUUAAAGAUACGUAAAAUGUUCAACAGUACCAAGGAAUCGCCUCCAUCGUGCGGUAAGAGUAGUACAACUGUCGACUGCAAGGCCAAGCCAGAUAGUGUUGAUGAAUUUGAAUCGGACGACGAGGUAAACGAAAUUCAAAUAAUUGGAGAAGACUUUGCAACCGCAGCAACCACUUCAUAUAACGCAAAUAUGCGACUAAAGACGGAAUCCGACCUUAAUGUCGCUACUGACGCUUGGCAUCAGCACAAAAACAAGGUCAAUUCCUCGGAACCCCGUACUGACGGAAGUGCGAACAUGGUCCCCGACGUAGAGAACUCUGAAAGCAAAGAAACAGACAAAGGGACUUACAUAAGCUCACUUCAAGGCUCACUGCUGGUUCUAAAAAAACCCACCUUUUGGAUGUCGAUGCUGUGGCUGUGUUGCCAGACAACUCUGAUUGUAACCUUCCAAGUAAGUACAUAUACCGACGUGUUUUCCUGGUUCCAAGUUGGUGCUCUGUUCUGGGCCUUGCUGACUGGCUUGAUUCUGGACAAACUGAUAGCCGGGGCGACCAAAGAAGGUAAUAAACAUGAUGAUGCUAUUGACCGAUCUGUGAGUGAAAUGGUUUUCUUUGUUUAG